AUGACAAGGACUCCAUCAGAUAAGAAUGCAGAAAAAAUUCAGAUGAACAAUGUGACUGAAAUCACAGUGUUUAUACUCCUUGGAUUCACAGAUGAUUUUGACAUGAAACUAUUCUUAUUUAUAUUAUUUCUUGCAAUAUACCUUGUAACUUUGAUGGGAAAUCUGGGAUUGGUUACAUUGGUCAUUGAGGAUUCACGGCUCCACACCCCCAUGUACUAUUUUCUAACUGUUUUGUCAUUGUUGGAUGCUUGCUUUUCUACAGUACUGACUCCCAAAAUGUUGGUAAAUUUUUUUUCAAAAACUAAAUACAUUUCACUUGUCGGAUGUGCAACACAGAUGCUUCUUUUUGUUACCUGUGGAACCACAGAAUGUUUCCUUUUGGCAGCAAUGGCUUAUGACCGCUACCUGGCAAUCUACAACCCACUUCUGUAUACAGUAAGGAUGUCACCCAGGGUCUAUGUGACACUCAUUAUCGCUUCAUAUGCUGGUGGAAUUUUACAUGCUACUAUACACACAGUGGCUACUUUUAGCCUUUCUUUCUGUGGAUCCAAUGAGAUUAGGCAUGUCUUCUGUGAUAUUCCUCCAUUACUCGCAAUUUCUUGUUCUGACACUCACGUAAAUCAACUUCUUCUCUUCUACUGUGCCGGCUCCAUUGAGCUAGUCACCAUCUUCAUUAUCCUAGUCUCAUAUGGUUUCAUUCUGUUUGCCAUUCUGAAGAUUAAUUCAGCUGAAGGGAGGAGGAAAGUUUUUUCUACAUGUGGGGCUCACCUAACAGGAGUGUCCAUUUUCCAUGGGACAAUCCUCUUUAUGUAUGUGAGACCAAGUUCCAAUUACACCCUUGAACAUGACAUGAUAGUGUCAAUAUUUUACACCAUUGUGAUUCCCAUGCUGAAUCCCAUUAUCUACAGCUUGAGAAACAAAGAUGUAAAAGAGGCAAUGAGAAAGUUGCUCAAGAGAAAUUGCUUCAUGAAAAAAAAUAUAUUUUAA